AUGCAACCCACAAGAUUGCUCCUGAAGCGCUCCGUAUGGAAGGGGCCCAACCUCGUCCCUCUGCCCAUUGUGUGGCCCAAAAAGGCCGGCGACAAGGUGCCUCCCGUGCGCACACAGGCCCGUUCCGCCACCAUCCUGCCCAACUUUGUCGGGCUUAAAUUUGAGAUUCACAACGGCAAGGACUACCUCGUAGUGUCGAUAACGGAAGACAUGGUCGGGCACAAGCUGGGCGAGUUUGCGCCGACGCGGAAACCGAACAUUUACGGCAAGAAAUAA